GCCAUGGAAACUAAAACCCGCCCACAGAAUCUUCUCACGUUUUCCUCUCUCCAGAUAAACCCUUUCUUAAAUAUUCGCUUUCCCUCACCCAAACACACGCACACACAGGCUCUCUCUCUCUCUCUCUCUCUCUCUCUCUCUCUCUCUCUCAGUAGGUAAUCAGAAUGAAACCCCGCAACCGAAAACUAUUCACCCACUCAAUCCCGCCUCUCUCCUCUGCCACCUCUUCAUCUCCAUCGCCACCGACCGAACGACCCUUGGCCUUGGACCCUUCCCCCGUCCAGUUUCAGUAUCCUGCGGUUGUUGUAGUGGUCGUGGUCCUCGUUGCGCUUUUCGCCAUCGGCUGCUUUUCCAACUGCUUGCGCCAACUCUCCGGCGGCCCCGCAGCCGAGUCAUCUAGUCGCCGACGCCAAACUAGCCGGCAAACAACAACGUCGAACCUGCGUAAAGGGGUGGACCCCAUGACGAUUCGGGCUCUGCCGGUCUACUCUUACUGUGGGGGCGCGAAGUACCAGCUGGACUGCGCUAUUUGUCUGAGCGAGUUCGAGGAGAGAGAGGCCGUGAAAGUGAUACCGUUUUGCAAGCACGUGUUUCACCCGGUGUGCAUCGACGCGUGGCUGUCUUCGCACGUGACAUGUCCGGUGUGCCGGUCGGCUCAGUUUUUGGAUGGGGGUAGUUUGGGUGUGAAACAGGAGAGGUGUGAUCAAGGUGUGAGCGAGUCAGGUGAAAGAUCGACGGCGGAAAACUGUGACGCGUGUAAUAAUGAGGUGAGGGUGGUGGGAUCGUUUAGUUUAGGUGUGAGGAGGAACAGUAGUUGUUCCAGCUUAGGAGAUGGAGUUGUGUUGCAAAGAACAUCGAGCGUGUAAAACUUGUACAUAUGGAUCCUUUGUCGUGUGCUACAUGUAUAGAUUAUUUCUAUGUCGAGGGGUAAGCAAGACAAGCGAGAGAUUGUUGGUCAGAUUUUUUUUUCAUCUAAAGUUAAACUGAUUUCUAUUCCAAA